UUCCAUUUUGUUAAUUACUCUGAUAAGAAAUUCUUUCUAAUGUAUCUGGCUCAUUUGGGUAUUGAGCCACAGUGUACCGAGUGUAUAACGGACGCUAAAUACUCCAUAUGUAUUUGAAGAUUUGUAUGAGGAGCGUGUGAUGGCUUCUCAACCGUGUGCUUGCUAUACUGUUUUAUUUUUGUGUUGAAAUCUUGCGCAACUAUUUAUUUCUUUAUAAAAUGAUCUCAAGUGCAGUUUAAUUCCAGGCAUAAAAGUGCAUGUAUGUAAGCUCUGAACUAUUUAUGAAAAUGGUAGAAGUUAGAGUGGUGAGGCCAUACUGUGGGUGGCAGACCCUGGCGGAGUGAUGCCACUGACCCCGCAGCGACAAGCAGGCUACCCACGACCCCAACCAUCUGUCGGGUGGUGGUGCUACCUUUACGGACUUGCCACCAACCAUGGGUCUGGUGAACUGUUUCACUUGGCUACUUUCAUCCAUAAUAUCCCGUAGCCUCUUAAGUCAGUUCUAGGCCGCUUUUAGCCUAGGCUAACGGCUGGUCUAGGAUCAACAGAACAAAACGCUACUGCGCUACUGUUAACAGCUGAGCUCUUACAUGCCGUCAACGGAGCAACAGGUCACGCCGCUAUAAAAAUACAUCUUAAAACUUGUGUUGGAGAGCGACGGGUAGCCAUCAACGAAACAAGGUUCCAUACUGUGUCAGAGGAGACUUUGCCAUGAACCAGGAUGCGUUGGCGGAAGACUCAAGAUUUGGAUCUGACAGAAAAUGGGCGUGAGGCGUCUGGUCGUGUCAGCGUGAGGGGGGACGAGCUACCUCUCGUGUCAUCGCCGCCCCCACGACUGUCAUCUCCCACCCAGGCCUCCUCUUCCCCGUCCUCCUCUUCCUCGCUCUCCUCCACGCCUCUCACCUCCCUUCGUGACGAUGUUCCCCAAGCGCCCUUCCCAAGAAGUGACGUCCCAGGAGCGUCACCUUUGACCAGCACCACAAGAAUGGAUACUCAAGGAACUACGUCCACGACUAGUACCGCAAGAACCCCAGAAGUGAUAUCUAUUACCUACACCCCGAGGAGGGAUGUCCCAUCAGCGACGUCAUCUACCAGUACCCCGAGAAGGGACGCCACGUCAGCGACGUCAUCUACCAGUACCCCGAGAAGGGACGCCACGUCAGCGACGUCAUCUACCAGUACCCCGAGAAGGGACGCCCCGUCAACGACGUCAUCUACCAGCACCCCGAGGAGGGACGCCACGUCAACGACGUCAUCUACCAACACCCCGAGGAGGGACGCCACGUCAGCGACGUCAUCUACCAGCACCCCGAGAAGGGACGCCACGUCAGCGACGUCUCACGCGGCAUUCUUGGCCUCUAGCCUUCACGAUGUCCCUCAUACACUGGCUUCGACUCCCAAGAAGAACAUGCCGGCUGGGGUAAGGUGUCCUGCGGUAUAUAGCACUGGAGUGGAAGAAGACCUUAGCUUCAAUUCCAAGUCCCCGAUGAGGGUAGAGAUGGCAUCCCUUGAUACUCUGCGUACAGGUUCAAGUCCCAAUAGACACAAGUCAGCGGCACCGGUGCCAGGGAGUGUCGAGGGGGCUAGUCUGCAGCUAGCUGCUACGGUGUCUGUAGCGUCUAGUCCACAUUCCAGGGCUUCCAGUUCACACCAGCCACGUCCUGGCGCCCACUCAGCAACCACUAGUCCACAGAAAGUGCCAGUCAGCCCACAGCCAAUCUUGGCCGGUCUACACAUUCCAAUCAGUCCUUAUAAAAUGCCAGUCAGUCCACAGAAACUACCAGUUAGUCCACAGAAACUACCAGUUAGUCCACAGAAAGUGCCAGUUAGUCCACAUAAGAUGCCAAUUAGUCACCAAAAGAAUUUACCAGUCACUCCAUACAAGAUACCAGUCUCACCGCAGAAUAUUAUGCCAGUCAUUCUGCCGAAAACAGCAUCAGCUGCUCCACAGAAAACAACCAUUAAUUCACAAAGUGCACCAAAUAGUGAGCAAAUCACAGUCAUUAGUCUACAGAAGGAGAGCGUUACCAGCCCCCUGAAAACAGCGAUGAGUGCUCCUACGACACCUUCAAGGUCUCCUUGUGCAUUGUCCAGCAGUCAGGCGUGGAGACCCGCGUCUCACACCACGGCCUUCGGGACCCCACCUUUACCAGAUCGGGGGAGUGGAGGCGUGGUGGUUGUGGUGAAUGGAGGGCCAGUCACUGACUCCAGCCCCCGGCACUUGGAGGAUGGCCAGGUCAGGUCACCGAGACAGCACAGUGUCAUCUCUACAACUAUUCCUGUCGGCGACAUAGCGUCCUUCAGUGAGAACGAGAGCAGAGAAGCAGGCAAGGGGGAACAGAACCAGGCAUGGGGUCAGCAGGUGGGCAAGAAAACGAGGAGUCCGGCAUCUAGGAAAUCCAGUUCGAAGUCCAUUGUCCAUGGAGAACCCAAGAGAAACACCCACGAGAAGAGCAAAUCAGUGACGAUUGUAGUAAACGACCAACAAGUGACCUACUCGAACACCCCGAACACUUAUACCACCGCCAACGACCUCCAACAUCCCCACGCAAACGGUAUCACCAACGGAGACCUCAAUCACCACCUUCCUAAGACGGCAGAUGAUAUUAACGAGGGUGAGAGAGUAAUGGUCAACGGGCACACUGUAGCCAAGGGCGACGGCGACACCACCAGACCUGCCUCUGCUGCAUCCCUUCCAGGAAGCACUAAAGUAGAUCCGGACAUUCAGGUGCGGCCUCUGGUGGGGUGGUGGGGAGAAGCUUCCUGCAGCGGCGGCUCUGUAGUGGAGGACCCUGCCUCCUCUGAUGACUGCCACCGCUCUACCCUUACUCUCGUCCACUCUCCCGCCCGUACCUACCUGAGUGGUGAGACUGGAGACACAGUGGGAGGUGAAGACUCAGGGGAGGCAUGGAGUGGUGUUGUAUCAGGCGUGUGUGGUGUGGUCCUCAUUGUUGGUGCUGCAUCACUCCUCCGGCUACCAUGCUUACUCUAUGAAUAUGGAGCAGGAAGCUUUCUGGCAGCAUGGUGUGCAGUCCUGGUGGUGAUAGCAGCCCCACUUGCAUACUUGGAGGCUUGUCUUUCUCAGUUCAGUAGCUCAGCAGCCCUUGCAGUUUGGCGUCUUAUUCCCAUAGCUAGAGGUGUUGGAUGGUCGACAGUGGUGGUGUGUUUCUACUGGGCAGUUGUUGUGUUGGGUUAUGUGGCCCCAGUCAUCCACUACACUUUACUGUGGAUUAAUUCAGCACUUCUCCAGAAGGCUGUGUCACCAUUGUGUAGUGACAGCAUCAACAACUACACCAACACCGGUGAUUGGAGUGUCGACUACCAUAGAUUAUGCGUGUAUGAACUGCCAGAUGAGUGGCAGUCAGGGGUGGAGUUGACCUUUGUUUGGCCACUUCCUGCAGUCAUGGCAGCUACUGUUCUUACAACCUCUAUUAUAGCUGCUUGUGGAGCGCACACCCUGGCAGGAAUUACUGGAGCUAUGGCAAUAUUAGCGGUCAUAGGAUUAAGCUUGCAACUUGGUAUUGGGUUGACAGAGAUGUAUGGACGAGACAUGCAAAGCUUGUGGGAGCUCGCUCGUCCCUUCCUCACCCCUCAAGGAGGAACACUCCUGCAGCCCCGGGUGUGGUGUGCAGCACUUGCGCAUGUGCUACUUUCCCUGGGGCUUGGUGUUGGCCUGCUCAUGAACUUCUCCUCUAGAGGAUCCUUCAGGUUCACACUCAGACGACAUGUGUGGGGAUUAGUGGUGUUGCUUGGGGUAGUGACAGCACUGGUGUCGGUGGUGACAGUGCUGCAGCUCACACUCCUGGCAAGUGACCGAGGGCUCGGUGUGAGCCAAGCUCUGGCAUCUAUCAGAUAUGAAUAUAAUGGGACAACUGCUGGGGACAACUUCUUGGAGAUGAUUGAUGAAAAUGCCAUUGGAGUUAGUGUUGGAACUGCGGUGAUUACGGCUUCACAUUUAAUGGCCGUGGUAACCUUUCCCAUUGUGUGGCUAAAACAAGUUGUUUCAACCAUUAUUUUCACAGGGCUUUGGUGUAGUGGAGUGACGACAGGCACUGUAUGCAUCCACACACUAAUUGCAGCACUUAGAGAUGCACGUGAUUGUCUUCCCCGAGCCACUGCAGCUCUAAUACUGGCCCCACUUCUUUUAGCAGCAGCUACGCCAUCAGUUACCAAGGGUGGAGCUGCUGUUGUAGCCCUGCUGGAUGGCGAUGUCUUGACCCUGGUAGUGUUGUGGCCACCGUUUACACUUACUCUUGCCAUUACUAUUAUUUACGGAAUACACAAGGUUCGCAAGGACUUCACUUUCAUGCUUGAGGCAACAGUCAGCUUGCUAUGGAUUCCAUUGUGGGGUGUCUUUAUCCCUCUGACUCUUCUGGGUAUCGUCAUAUGGGCUUGUAUAAUGGAUGGACAAGCAGUUGCAGUUACUGAUGGACCAGGAUGGAGAACAGCCUUGGUGUGGGGACUGCGGGUAUUGGUUUUGCUUCCUGUUCCAAUAACUGCCAUCUACGUGGUUAAAUCUCAGCUAGCAUACGGUGUCGUUGAUAAAGUGGCUUCAUCACUGCAGUCAUCUCGAGAAUGGGGUGAUUGGGGGCCUCAGGAUCCAAUCGAACAUCAUAACUGGAGAAGGUGGCGGGAGGAUGAAACAAGGCCUAUUACCUCCCUCAAACGUCGCUUUGCAAAUCGACCACUCACAUACACUCAUUCUACCCUAAGCAGUGAAUCUUCAUCAACUCUGACAAGACUACGGAAUAAAUAUCAGAGAAAUGGUACGGCAAGCAUCCUCUGACCACCUUGUGUGUCUAUAGUCAUCAAGGCUUACUCUGACCACCUUGUGUAUCUAUAGUAAUCAAGGCUUACUCUGACCACCUUGUGUCUCUGUAGUCAUCAAGGCUUACUCUGACCACCUUGUGUAUCUAUAGUAAUCAAGGCUUACUCUGACCACCUUGUGUGUCUAUAGUAAUCAAGGCUUACUCUGACCACCUUGUGUCUCUGUAGUCAUCAAGGCUUACUCUGACCACCUUGUGUGUCUAUAGUCAUCAAGGCUUACUCUGACCACCUUGGGUUGUCUCGGUAUUCAUCAAGACAUGCUCUGACUACCAUGUGUCAUCUUGGUAGUCAUCAAAGCAUCCUCUGACCACCAUGUGUCAUCUUGGUAGUCAUCAAAGAAUCCUCUGAUCACCCUGUAUCGUCUUGAGAAUCAUUAAGGUAUAUACUCUGACCACUUUGUGUCGUCUUGGAAGUCUUCCAGGCAUCCUCUGACCACCUUGUGUCAUCUCGGUAGUCAUCAAAGCAUACUCCAACCAGCCUGUGUCAUCCUGGUAAUCAAGAAGGUAUCUUCUGAUCACCUUGUGAUGUUUUGGUAAUCAAGGCAUCCUCUGACUAUUUUGUAUUAUUUUAUUAAUCAUGAAGGUAUCUUCUGACUACCUUGUGAUUUUUGGUAGUCAAGCUAGGCUUCCUCUGAGCACCUUGUGUCACCUCGGUAGUCAUCAAGACAUGCUCUGGCCACCUUAUGUCACCUCAGUAGUCAUCAAAACAUGCUCUGGCAACCUUGUGUCACCUCAGUAGUCAUCAAAACAUGCUCUGGGAACCUUGUGUCAGCUCAGUAGUCAUCAAUACAUGCUCUGGUCAUGUUGUGUCAUCUCUGUAGUCAUCAAGGCAUUUGUAGACCAUUCUGUGUCAUUUUAGUAAUCAUUAAUGCAUGCUCUGACCACCUUAUGUGUUGGUAGUCUUCGAGAUAAUUUUGAUAUUAAUGUAAGUCAUUUUCUGGAGGAAGCCCCUUCGGCUCCCUGGAGCUAACCGGGGUGAUAUGAAUGUAUUAGACCCUGGCAUCAGUCAAUGUGCAUGGAGUACUAGGCCUACCGGGGAGCAAUGG